CCCCAUUGUAGCACGACAUGUACUCUUCCAUGAUUCGGGCUACUCCUGCUUGUCCCUCUUUGUCCGGUGGCGAGGGAAGGCCACGGCAAUUAUGGCUAAUUUUGCGUUUUUUCUGCCCCUCCAAUGAAUUCUAGUUAAAUGGUGGAUCGGCGAGUGAAGACGCCAGAGAGUUUCAAUUUAACGGACAGCAGAGCGAGAGCGACGGAAGAAAGGGUACAGUUUCCUCCACCACCCCCCAAAAAAGAUGGCUAGCUAUCUCCAGUGGCAUGCUAACGUUAGCUAGCUAGCUGGCUAUCAGGCUAACGCUAGCAUCUAGUAAACAAUAUUUGCCGAAGGAGUCAUUUUGUUUAGCCUCUUUUCCUUUAUGAUGCGAUAGGUUACAUUUGUGAUAACUCACGGUUUGUGGUGUCCAUCGCAAAUUAGGUGCGAGCUAAACCCGGCAGCCACUUUUGAGUAACGUGGCUAGCUCGCAGGCUAGCCCAAGGUGGCAUCCAAGCUGUGCACAUCUGUAAGUGAUCAUGUACUCUUUAGUGUACUUCUGACAGUACAGCAGGUAGGAAGCUACCAGAUUACGUUGUUGUUUUGCAGUGAAAGACGCAACGAGUUCACUUUUUUAACCUGACGUUGAUUUGGUGACCAAAUCCCGGCGUGACAACAAGCAGAGUGUGCAGACCUGGGCCUAGAGUCACAAUCCACACCACCAAACUCGCCAUUUUGACAUGAACCCAAGCUAGAUUGGGCCCCACCACCCACAGGACGUCGUCAUUUUUCACCUUUUUCCCCCCUCUUUGCAUAUGAAACGGUGACAUCACCCACAGUAGUGUUAGCUAAUGGCUGCCGAAUCGGGGAGACUACUGGCGGGACAAGGAAAGCGAAGCAAAGCUUCACAAAUGAAGAGCCCAGAGAAGAAGAAGACGAGAAAGUCCACGUCACAGGCAGCGGGCUUCUCGCACCUCACAGAGUUUGCACCCCCUCCCACCCCUAUGGUGGACCACCUGGUGGCUUCCAACCCUUUCGACGAUGAUUUCGGACCGCCAUCUCGACCCAGUGGAGCGGGCGGACCUGGCAGCGCCCCUUUUCUUCCCAGCCCAGGUGCAGGAGGAGGAGGCGGUUAUGGAGGCGGGAGCCGAAUGGGCGGUGGCGGCGGUGGUGGUAUGGCUUUCAUGGGAGGACCAGGCAGCGGACAGCCAGGACGUAGACCGCCAUUUGGACCGCCAUCCAAUGCGGGACCUCACCACCAGUUAGGUUUUGGCGGGAUGCCUGGCUUUGGAGGUGGGGGCGGGGGUGCUGGUGGGGGAGGAGGGGGUGGAUUCCCUCCUGGUGGACCGUCUCAAUUCAAUAUGCCGCCAAAUUUCAGUCCACCUAUGCACCCAGGGUCGGGCUUUAACCCCAUGUUGUCUCCAGGGGGUAUGGGAGGUCCCGGAGGGGGAGGUCCACCUCACCCUAGAUUUGGCAUGCCUCCACAACAGCAGCAUGGACAAGGGGGACACCCAUUUAAUAGUCCACCAUUACCUGGUGGAGGAGGACCCAGAGGGCCCCCACAUGGGCCCAUGCCUCCCAUGGGUGGCAUGGGGCCCGGCCAGGGAAUGAACAUGAUGAGUGGAAUGGGUGGUGGUCCCGGAGGCAACAUGUUGGGGGGACUACCAGGCAUGCCCCCCCAAGGACAGUUCCCUCCCUCACAGGAUGGCUCCUAUCCUGGUCCGAGUCCGCCAGGCAACGAGGAUGGAAAGAAUUUUGGGGGAGCAGGAGGACCUCCACCUGGGCCUCAGCAGCAGCAGCAGCAACAACAACAACAACAACAGCAGCAGCAGCUUAACCUAAACCCCAAUGGCCCCCCUCCUCCUAAUAAUACAACCCCUGGUCCUCCUAACUCUGGUCCCCAACAGCCUGGAGGUGACUUCCCAGGUCACCCUGACAUGCAACAACCCAACGCUGGCACACCUGGCCAACCUUCCUCGGCGCAGCCACAGCCCAACUCCUCCCCCAGUGGACCCCUGAAUGGGUCAGGCCAACCCCAGCAUCCACCCCCAAAUCAGCUGCAGCCACCCAACAACGCCAACACCCCCAACUCAAACAACUCAGUCCAACAACAGCAGUCUACUCCACCAAACUCCGCCUCAGGCUCCGCUUCUCACAACCAGCAGAACAACACUCCUGGCACUGGUGGUCCCAUGCCUAAUGCCGCCCCCAAUUCAGGUCAGAACAACAUGACCAACAACAAUGGAGGCAACACCCCCGGCAGCAACCCCAACCCUCCAUCAAACUCCACUUCCACCCCAAACACCCAGUCCCCCUUACCUCCCGGCCCGUCCGCCCCCUUGGCAGGGCCCGGCUCUGGCCCGGGGAAGCUGGGCGGUCCCGGCAUGGUCUUCCCCUGCGGUUUGUGUGUGGCGGAGGUGCACGACGACCAGGACGCCAUCCUGUGCGAGGCGUCAUGCCAGCGCUGGUUCCAUCGCGACUGCACAGGUCUGACGGAGCCCGCGUACGGGCUGCUGACGCGGGAGAGCGCCGCCGUGUGGGCUUGUGACUUCUGCAUCAAAACCAAGGACAUCCAAGCCGUGUUUGUGCGUCAGGGACUGAGCCAGCUGGUGGCGGCUAAUGAGAGCUGAGGGGUCUUUGCUGGACUCGCCCUUUACGUUCACUACAACCAUCAGUUGACAUUCAUGCUUAUGUAUUAUAUAGCACUUUGAGUGAGGUAACUGCCGCCCCCCCAACUCCUCAAAACAACAACAGGAUUCAAAUUGUAAUGAAUGUUAACUGACACACUCGCUCUGACAUCUUGCUUACGCACUGACACCAACACACUACCUCACACAUACUUUGUGACUGACCCAUACCAUCGGCCAUUUAAAUUGAUGCAAACUUCAGUUAAAAAGUCAAAGUUAUCCACAAAUUGGUCCCAAGUAUUUAUUAACCAUGGCAAACAAAAUCACACACACAGUGCCUGGACUUGUCAAGGGUCUUUGCUUUAUAUAUUUCUCAUCAUUUUCUAGUGCAUCAUCUUAAAAAUGCGGUGGUACGUCCCUGUAGCAAGUGUAUCAGGGAGGGUUGUAUUUUCGCUAAGGCAGGGGUGUCCAAACUUUUUUUCAAGGGAGGGGCAAACACAGGACAGUUUAUCAUUUGCAUGAUAUUCUUCACCUUUUGUUUACUUGGUUAUUACAUGUUUGUAACCAAUGCAAUGUUUGUAAGUGAAGAUAUCCUAAGCAAGUAAAUACAAAAGAAAAACAGACUACAUCUCAGCUUUGUAACACAGGUGACAAAGCAAAUAGAGGCUGGUAAAUUUGAUGUUCAGAAUCUGCCACCUCGCACUAACAACUUGUAGGCCACAAAUGGCUUCUGGGCCCAACUUUGAGCACCUCUGCUUGAAGGUUAUGUAACAAUCCCUCGACCCGAAACAUUUUGCACCCAGUGCUGAUGAAUCCAAAGGAGAUGCGGGCUGUAUUUUCAGUCAUACCUCACAGACCUUUAAGUCAUUGUAUAUAUCAGAAAGACAUUUUGUGAACAGAGCCGACAAGUGAACAAAACGAGUUACUUCACACACAAUGGCUUUUUUUUUUAAAUACAGUACAUUCAACUGUUUUAUUUCCGUUCUCUGCAUAAGACAUGAAUUGUAAACACUUUUUUUGGAUUGGUGUUUAGUGCAAGUCGUGGCCUGUCAUGAUCAGCUGUGCAUCGUUGGGGUGAUGGGAUGGGAGGAGGGUUGCAUGUGUGAACCAAAUGCCAACACUAAAUUUGUCACAAUCCCGUCAAGGUGUUAAUUGCUGAUCCCCCUAUCUAUGUCCCCGCUUUUCCUCCACAAUUCAAUGUCCAAGUUGCCUUUCUUUUUGUCGUAUUGGUCCGUUCUUUUUAGUUUUUGUACUCGCUGUUUUUUUUUUGUUUUGUUUGUGCUGUGAUCUUGCUCUGCUCUGGCGCCUCCUGGUGGACGCUGGAGGAACCACAGGUACUGAAAUCUGAAGUAAAAGACAAGAUUCUUUUUGUA